AUGGUCGAGUGGCCUCCAUACACACCCGCAACUUCGCUCGGCAUCGAGUUAGCUAUCAUCUUCGUGUUUAUAGCUGCAAUGAUCGGGACAAUAGCUAUCUAUACGUUUUUCUGGAAAAUUCACCAACGCCGCAACCACGAAGAACAUCUUGCUCGACGCAAAGCAUUUCAAAGCCGUGCAGGCUGCCGUGCAAACGAAUUUAACUUUGAUCUCCAGCUAGGCCAUAUAGCAACUGUUACUUCUGGCGCAAGUAUGGAGGGUAUCUCGAAUGAAGGCACUCUUGUUGGUUCUCCGUCUGGAUGGUCGGGAUGGGAGACUGGGGCUGGGGCCGUUCAUGAGAAGAUGUUGGAUAGGGGUGUUCCGUCGGAGAAUAUGAUUGAAUUGCCGACUCAUGGGAUGGAGUUUGUUUCUGCCAAUCCUAGGAGGGGUGUGGAGUGGAAGGAUCGGUGGUAG